CUGGUGCGAAGCUCAGCUUCACCUCUUUUGUUUAAGUUUAAUACGAAAACAUCGUCCAAGAAGAACAAUCCGAUUGUCAUUGCUGUUUUAGCUGCGUCCUUCUUGUGGUGAGAUAGAAUGCAGAAGCUAUUUUCAGUGAGAUGGGUGAUUUGACAGUUUUUGUGUACACAGGGUUGAAGGUAUAUUCAACCAGAACUGAAUUUUUCAUUGUUUCGGACAAAAGCAAGAAUUGUCUACGGAUUGAAAAAGAGAAUGUUAACUUGGAAACGGUUGCAAAGGAAUCAGCUCCGUAUGAAACCGCCGAUGGCGUACCGACAGACAUUGUGGCGCUGCUGGGUAUAAUUGAUUUAGUUGCUGGGCCGUAUCUUGCAGUUGCGACAGAAUCUGUACUGUUGGGCUAUGUUGACGGUGAUAAACCAAUUCACCAAAUAACGAAAACCGAUUUAAUUCCAUUUUCCAAAAGUUUGUCACACCUCACCCCAAUUCAAAUAUCAGAUAACAAUAAAUUCCUGGAUAUGAUAAAGUCAAUGAUGUCCAUUCCGGAGCUCUACUACUCUGAAAGUUAUGAUAUUACUCAUACUAUGCAAAGACUUCAAGGGACUGGACCGCAGUUUCUCAAUGCCCCAUUGAUCACUCGAGCCGAUCUAAGGUUUGUGUGGAACCAUAACUUACUUCAUCCAUUCGAGGCCAACCCAGAUGCUUGUAAAUUUAUAAUGCCCAUCAUGUGCGGGUUUGUGCACAUUUCGCAGUGUACCAUUAAUGGAACAACUUUCAAAUACAUCAUCAUAUCUAGACGAAGCAACAAGCGAACUGGAGCCCGGCUCUAUGUUAGGGGAGGUGAUACAUCUGGAAAUGUGGCGAAUUAUGUAGAGACAGAGCAAAUUCUGGAAACACCGUCACAUCUAUGCAGUUAUGUCAUCACAAGAGGUUCAAUCCCUCUUCUGUGGAAUCAGUAUCCAAAUAUGGCCAUGAAACCAAAAGCGACUUUGUCAACUGAAGACAACGGAGCCCACAUGGUUACAUUGUCGACGCAUAUGACUGAUGAGCUUGAGCACUAUCACAGACGCGUGACGGUUGUAAACCUCAUAAACAGAACAGGAUCGGAAGGAGCUUUGGAGAAGAACUUCAAUCGAUACCUGCAGGCCAAUGAAGCUGCUCUGAAAAAACACGGAGACGUGUUCUACGAAUUCUUCGAUUUCCACCACGAAUGCAAGAACAUGCAAUGGCAGCAUUUGUCAAAGCUCAUUGCAAAGUUGGACCAAGAACGACAGUCGUGUGGAUAUUUUCAAGCGAACCGAGGAGGACGAUAUGAUGGUGUAAUGGAACAACAAGGGGUGUUCAGAGUUAACUGCAUCGACUGUCUUGAUCGAACAAAUGUAGUUAAAUCACUGCUUUGUAGAGAAACUCUGCAAGACCAACUAAGGGCUUUGAGAAUUUUGGGAACAGGCGAGAAAAUUAUAGAUUUCGAGAACUUCAUGGAUAAUUUCAAAGAUGCUUGGAUCGGAAACGCAGAUAGCAUCUCGAUACAGUACGCGGGCACUGGAGCGUUGAAAACGGAUUUCACCAGGACUGGAAAGAGGUCAAGACAAGGAGCAUUCAAUGACUUUCUCAAUUCAUCAAGAAGGUGGUUCCGAAACAACUUCCUUGACGGGUUCCGACAAGAUGCCCACUACCUCUUCCACGGAGUGUACAAGACCCAGAACUACAAAAUCACCCCCUACGUGUCGCCCUUUGAAUCAAACAAACCAGGGUUGAGGACCAUAGUUCCCCCUGUAUUCGCCAUAAUUGGCUUCGCAAUGACAGUCGUGUCGUCUUUGAUGCCGAGCGAUGACUUCCCCGUCGUGUAUGUCUUGUUCUGGACGGUAUUCACAGUCGCGAAUCUGGCAUACAUUUUCAACAACGGCUCUGACUUUGUUGACAAACCAAAGCUGCUGAAACCAAAGACAGAUUGACUAUUGGACGUUUGACAAAUGGAUGGUAUUUGAAAAUUGAUAUACUAUUUACUGCAAACUUACUAAUUUCUGGCGUCGGCUUAAAUACCCAAAAUUGCUGUAACUGUUUAAUACGUGUACAAUAGUUUUAUUUCUAAUUUAUUGAAGUUCCCAUGAAUCAAAUUUAUUUACUGGCCACG